AUGUCGUUUACUGCUUCUAGGGUUUUCAGGGGUUACGAGGCACCGCAAGCCCCCGCGAAGUCCGCUUCCUCCGUGGCUGCUGCUCUUGCUUCUGCUUCUACCAAGGCUUCCAAGGUUGUGGCGAAGCUGAAGAAGGCGAGCGAUUCGGCCUUGCCGAAGGCGCCGAGCGGGCCAUUGGGGAUACAUAAGAUACUUUCAUUGAUUAUGGCAGGAAGAGAGACAAGAGGGCGUCAAAGUAUAGAGAUGAAACAAAUCGAAAAUGACGAUAAGAGGUUUAUUACAUUCUCAAAGCGUAGAUCUGGUAUCUACAAAAACGCUAGUGAGCUCGCAACCCUCUGUGGGGUAGAGGUGGGAGUAGUGUUACUUUCUCCUACUGAGAAACCCUUUUCUUUUGCUCAUCCAUCUAUCGAUGCAAUCGCAAAUCGGUUCCUCAAACAAAACCCUCCGCCCAAUGAUAGGCCUCGUGCCUUGGUUAAUUCGUAUCAUCAUGUCCGGAUUAAUGAGCUCAACCAACAGCACGAUGAGCUCAUUAAUCAAAUCAAAAUUGAGGAGGCACGAGGCAAAGUGUUGAAGCGACUGACCGAAGGAAAAGGCGAUGAGGCAUGGUGGGAAGCGCCCAUUGAAGAGAGCAACCUGGAUGACCUCAACCAGAUGAUGGUGCGAAUGAAGGACCUCCAGCAGAGCUUGUGGAGGUCGAUCAAUCAACGUACUCGAGAAGAGGCAUCCACAUCCUUUCAAGGACAGAGUUCAAUGUUAGAGAAAUAA